UGCCUAUGCUAACACAAAGUGUCAGUGCCAAUGAUCGAAAUAGUGUAAACAUAAAUAAAAGCGACUAAAACACAGGAUAUGCCUUAACUGGGGAUUGAGUUUCACCUGAUUUGUAUUGCCACCUUUCGUAUAUAAUUAUAAUCAACGUGAUCACGCGCUCACACCAAGCUAAGGCAAAACCAAAAGGAAAAGCACGUCGGCAAAGAGACAAGACAGCCAGCCAGCCAUCCAGCCAGAUAGCAGCAGGAUCAAGUUUUUGGCGAAACCCAUAAUUUCGCCCAUCUUGCUCUCUUCUUCUUCUUGUUCGCGGGCUCCAUGGUGUCGCCGGCUUGACCGCCGCCGCCUGCCUAUAAACAAACCCAAGACUUGAAGACCCCAACCUCCGACUGCGACUCCGACUCCAAAACUCCACAAAGACUGCUGCGAGAUACAACGAAUCCAGUUCUCCUGUUGCUUUUGUUUUGCUUUUGUUGCUGCUGCUGCUGCUGCUUCUCGCGGCUGCCUCGCGUUUAUUGUUUUGCUGCACAGCCCGUAAAAAGGCAGGAGUAUAGGGGCUGAAAGCGGGGAACUGGCCCCAAAAACACCCGGGAUCCCGAUCCCGUCUAUAUAGAGGAAGGCCAGCAACAAAAACAACCAAGAACGUUCGAACGUUGAGGCAACAACAACUAAGUUGCAUUGCAGCCGCCGUCGUCGUCGCCGUAUAAAAAUCAUCAGCGUUGUUGUAGCGCGCCUCUGGCCCACGUUGCUGUUGCUGUUGUUGUAGCCAUCAGACAUGGCGCCGAAAUCCAGAAAGAAGAAGGCUCAUGCCCGCUCUCUGACCUGCUACUGCGACGGCAGUUGUCCGGAUAAUGUCAGCAAUGGAACCUGCGAGACCAGACCCGGUGGCAGUUGCUUUAGUGCUGUCCAACAGCUUUACGAUGAGACGACCGGAACGUACGAGGAGGAGCGCACAUUCGGUUGCAUGCCACCAGAAGACAACGGCGGCUUUCUUAUGUGCAAAGUAGCCGCUGUACCUCACCUGCAUGGCAAGAACAUUGUCUGCUGCGACAAGGAGGACUUCUGCAACCGCGACCUGUACCCCACCUACACACCCAAGUUGACCACACCAGCGCCAGAUUUGCCCGUGAGCAGCGAAUCUGUACACACGCUCGCCGUCUUUGCCUCCAUCAUUAUCUCCCUGUCCGUGUUCAUGCUAAUCCUGGCCAGCUUAUGCCUCACCUACAAGCGACGUGAGAAGCUGCGCAAGCAACCACGUCUCAUCAACUCCAUGUGCAACUCUCAGCUAUCGCCAUUGUCACAAUUGGUGGAACAAAGUUCGGGCUCCGGAUCGGGAUUACCAUUGCUGGUACAGAGAACCAUUGCCAAGCAGAUUCAGAUGGUGCGGCUGGUGGGCAAGGGACGUUAUGGCGAGGUCUGGCUGGCCAAGUGGCGGGAUGAGCGGGUGGCCGUCAAGACUUUCUUCACUACCGAAGAGGCUUCCUGGUUCCGCGAAACGGAGAUCUAUCAGACCGUUCUGAUGCGCCACGACAACAUCCUGGGCUUUAUCGCCGCUGAUAUUAAGGGCAAUGGCAGCUGGACACAGAUGCUACUGAUCACGGACUAUCAUGAGAUGGGCAGCCUUCAUGAUUACCUGUCCAUGUCGGUGAUUAAUCCCCAGAAGUUGCAAUUGCUUGCCUUCACUUUGGCUUCCGGAUUGGCCCAUCUGCACGACGAGAUCUUUGGAACACCUGGCAAACCGGCUAUUGCACAUCGCGAUAUCAAGAGCAAGAAUAUACUAGUGAAGCGUAAUGGACAGUGUGCUAUCGCGGAUUUUGGACUGGCGGUUAAAUACAACUCGGAACUGGAUGUCAUUCAUAUUGCCCAGAAUCCACGUGUCGGCACACGUCGCUAUAUGGCUCCAGAGGUCUUGAGUCAGCAGCUGGAUCCCAAGCAGUUCGAGGAGUUCAAGCGGGCGGAUAUGUAUUCCGUUGGUUUGGUCCUGUGGGAAAUGGCCCGUCGCUGUUACACACCCAUAUCGGGAACCAAGACGACGACCUGCGAGGAUUACGCCCUGCCCUAUCACGAUGUAGUGCCCUCGGAUCCAACGUUCGAGGACAUGCACGCUGUGGUGUGCGUAAAGGGCUUCCGGCCGCCGAUUCCAUCACGCUGGCAAGAAGAUGAUGUACUGGCCACCGUCUCCAAGAUCAUGCUGGAGUGCUGGCAUCCGAAUCCCACCGUCCGGCUGACAGCCCUGCGUGUGAAGAAGACGCUGGGGCGGCUGGAAACCGACUGCCUAAUCGAUGUGCCCAUCAAAGAUUGUCUAGGCCGACGCUGUCCAUAGUCUUGUUUUAGGUUUGACCUAAGCUGCAUUUAGUUUUUCUGUUUUUUUCCUGUUUUCGUUCAACUUUCCGUUGAAAGCCUGAUUCCAGACUUCAGUCUGGGAACUGCCUAGUUAGGUUAGGUAAUCUUAAGUUGCCUGUACUUGAGCGGAGCAAAGCAGAGGAUCCUUCAGAGGUGCCUAUUAAACGAUUACUUUAAUCACCGCACUGAUUGUAAGCUAGAGAUUAGAUUAAGAGCUAGUUCAUAAGCUGAGAGGAGCUAGUUGCUAAGGCCCCUUGCAAAAUCUUUGGUUAGAAAAAUGCUUUAACUAUUUGAGAAAUAUAUAGGGAGUAUGUAUUUUGGAUGAGACAUAACAUAUUCAUGUUGGAUGUACAUAACUAUGAGAACAAAAAAAAUCAGAGUCGAAAUUUACAUGUAACAUACUUUAAUUUCUUGUGCCAGCUUUUGUAUGCUUUAAAUUUUUAAAAUUAAGAUCCCCCUACUAUUUGUCGACCCCAGAGGCUUGAGCCUCUGCAUAUACAACAUAUAUAUAAUAUAUAUAUAUAUAUAUAUAUAUACUGUAUAUAUAUUUAUGUGUUAUGUUUGUAUCUAAUGUUUAAGUGAAAACUUUGCCGAGUUUGUGCAAGUAAAUGCUGCCUUAUGUAAAAUCCAUGGAAUUAGUUGCCUUAAGACAGAGUGUAAAGACAGGAGCCAACAGGCAGUACAGUGACUCCCUUCGUUACCAUUUAGGUAGAUACUAUAUAUAUAUAUAUCGUAUAUCCCAGAAUGAUAUAUAGAACUGUGCAGUUGCGUAUCUCGAGAAGUGCUCUUGUGUCGGCUCUUUUGUUUUGUGUAAAUAGCAAAGAUGUUUAUAGGCCGCUAACCAUACAGAUAUAUAGUAUAUAUAUUAUAUAUUAUCGUUAUAAGCGAUUCUGUAAAUACUAUAUAUGUAUCUUUAUCUGUAAACCGUUUAACUUAUCUCUUAUCGUUCUUAUCGAGUAACCUUGUUUAAGCUAGCGUUAGACAGACUAGCCAGUAAGAGCAAAAAGUAAACUAUAUAAACUAAAUAUGGAAUAUGUA